CGACUGACCGAGAGUGACCUCUUGAUGAGGUCCCAGCUAACCCCUUUUCGGCUUUACCUGGUCAGUGCGUCACGUUAUCCAGUCAUCCUCCCAAUCCGCUUGCCCCGCUUGACCACUCGCGCUUGCCUCCGCAAUUUGCCUUUCCAGCUGCCUCUUGUGUUCCUUUGGUCAGGCAGCCUUCCACCCCACGUCAACCUACAACCUUCUCUGAUUAUCAAUUAUCUGCGAGCAACCUCUCUUUCCUUCCACUUUGUCCACCCCAUUUCCCAUUUCGCGACCUACAUCAACUUCAUCAACACCACUGCGGGAACUAUUCUUUGAUCCCCAACUCCAUUCGGAUCAUCGUCGCCUGCGUCGAAUCGUCGCUGCCGACCUCUUUUGUAACGUAUCCAUUACCAUCAUCCACCGCCAAGAUGCGAUCCAAGUUCAAGGAUGAGCACCCCUUCGAGAAGCGCAAGGCUGAGGCCGAGCGCAUCCGACAGAAAUAUGCCGACCGCAUUCCUGUCAUCUGUGAGAAGGUCGAGAAGUCGGAUAUCGCUACUAUUGACAAGAAGAAGUAUCUCGUCCCUGCCGAUCUUACCGUAGGCCAGUUCGUCUACGUCAUCCGCAAGCGCAUCAAGCUCUCCCCCGAGAAGGCCAUCUUCAUCUUCGUCGAUGAGGUCCUGCCACCGACCGCUGCGCUGAUGAGCAGCAUUUACGAGGAGCACAAGGACGAGGAUGGCUUCCUCUAUAUCACCUACUCGGGCGAGAACACCUUUGGCAAGUCGGUGUAACCCCCCCUGGCUACUCCUUUCAUUCAUACCCCAUUGGCGUUUACGGUUGGUCUUUCGGAACGAUGCGACGGUCACUGGCAGCAACACGCGAUGAAUUACGGCUAGGACCAGGGUUUGGGUUGUAGACGCGAAACAUUGAGUCGUGGAGUGGCCCACGUACUGCCAGUGGUCAGGGUCAUGACACUUCUAGUUCAUUUCUAGUGGUACGCGCGAUGACUUAAGGAAUACUAGACCUCAAUGAACGCGAAUUUUAAUAAAAUCAACAGGUCCCCGGCUUGUCCACGGUUA